CUUGGUAAUAUUCAGCAACUGCCGAGGGUAGCAUACUGGGCGGGAGACUGCUUUAUUUGAGGCAUCCAUGGGCCAUACCAGGACUCGCAUCCAGCACCAUCGACGGAUGAUCCAGUAUCCAUCGAUUACCGUCAGGACACCAUCCCACAUCAUAUAUUAUCCAUCAAUUGACGAAACUGUUGACGAAACUAUUGACGGGGACUUGUCCCAAAAACAAUAAACGGAGCUGGAUACUAAGCAUGGAGAAAGGCCCAGGAUGAUCAGUUGACAGGACGAAACUACGAUUCGACUUGUAGUGAAGGAUCGCAUCUACGAGGUCAGCUCGCGACUCACCCAUCGACUCUUCUUGUCUCUACUGUCGAUCUCUCCUUUAGUUCAUUAUGUCCGACUCGAAGAGUGUUCAGUGCUACGGCCGCAAGAAAACCGCCACUGCCGUUGCUCACUGCAAGGCCGGCAAGGGUCUUAUCCGCAUCAACGGUUCCCCCAUUGAGCUCGUCGAGCCCGAUAUCUUGAAGUUCAAGGUCUAUGAGCCCAUCCUCCGCGUCGGCUCCGACAAGUUCGCCAACGUUGACAUCCGCAUUCGCGUCAAGGGUGGUGGACACACUUCCCAGAUCUAUGCUAUCCGUCAGGCUCUUGCCAAGUCCAUCGUUGCCUACUACCAGAAGUAUGUCGAUGAGGCCUCCAAGAACGAGCUCAAGCAGAUCUUCCUCCAGUACGACCGUACCCUCCUCGUUGCCGAUCCCCGUCGCUGCGAGCCCAAGAAGUUCGGUGGUGCCGGUGCCCGUGCCAGAUACCAGAAGUCCUACCGUUAAACGGUCGCGAUUUUCGGAAUUGGUGCGACUUUUUUUAUUUGCGACCAGCUCAGGCAUGUGUGGAAGGACUUUUACGAGGCGUUUUCUUUCGGCGUUUCCUGUCGGGUCUUUCUGUGCAUUGUUCAGUUGUGAAUAAGGAAUCGCUCUCUACACGAAUAAUAAAUCUUAUCCGUAGCUGAACCCAUUACAGGUCCUAGCGGAAGGAAUUGAACACA